AAAUUUUUAAUACAUAUAUGCAAUGUAAAAUUAAAAUAAAUCUGUUUCUAAUCAGAUAUAAAUUUGUUUAGUGGAAGAUCAUUCAGCAAAAUUAAUUGAUGAAUUAAUGGCAGUUAGUGAAAAAUCAAAAAAUACAGAGGCUUUAUUAGAAUUGAUGGAAAGGGAUAGAAAAGAAAAUGAAGAAUUAUUUUCCUUAAAACAAGAAGAAUUAGAAAGUCUUAGAAAGAAAGAAGUUUUAAAUGCAAUGAAAGAUAUGUUAGAAGCUGAAGAAAAGCAAAGACAGUAUGAAGCUAACCGCUUAGAAAUUAAAAAGCAGUUACAUAAAGGCUCCAUGAAUGAUGAUGAUGAAAGAAUACAUAGUAUAUUAUCUGGUAGAGAACAGGAUCAAUUGGCAAUGAUAUGUGAAUUAUUAGAAGAGGAACAAUAUCAAAAACAAGCAUUUGAAGCUCUACAAUUGCAGAGAGAUUUGAAACAUAUUGAACUGACUCAUCAUAUAAAACAAAUCCAGAAAGAAUUAACUAAGCUCACAACAGCAGAACUGAAAAAGAAAGAUCUUAAGAUAAAUUUUGAAUUGAAUGUCUUGGCUGAAAGAAGAUCUAAAUUAGCUGAACUUUUAUCAUGUUUAAUGGAACAAAGGGAAAUGAGAGAAGCUGAACUAAAAGAUCGUAUACACCAAAUGGAUUUACAAAGAGAACAAGAAAUGAAUGAUUUUUGGUUGAUCCAGUAUCAAAAAUUAAUGGAUCGUAAACCACAACAUAUUGAAGAAUUGGAGAGAAUGUUAGAUCCUGCUAUUCAGUCUAUCUUAAUUGAUGCUGAAGCUCAAGACUAUCUAACAUUAUUUGCUGCAAAACACAUUACUUUACAUAACUUACUCUCAAUGACAAAAAAAGAGUUGAAAAAGCUUGGUGUAAGACAAGACAGUGCUUGUGAUAAAAUUUUAAAAAGUGCCAAUAAUUACUUUAAAAAGAAUAUUGAACCUAAUGAAGAAAAAAUUUCAACUGGAAUUUUGCCAAAUGAUGUUCCAAUGCCUUCUGCUCCUCCUGCUUCUCCCGGCGAAGAAGAGUGUGUGGUACCUUCGGCUCCAAUUUUAACUCCAACUGCCGAAAUUAAAAUAUGGUACCAAGUGGAAUGUGUUGUAUGUUUGGAAAAAGAAAGUCAAGCUGUCUUUCUGCCAUGUGGGCACGUCUGUUGUUGUUGGAGUUGCGGAGAAACCCUCCAGAUUUGUCCAAUGUGUCGUGCCGACAUCGAAAAUAAGUUUUUGAACGUGGCAUAAUUUUAUAUGUUACAGUUCUGUCUCCAGGCCAGCUGACUGAAGACGAUGCCAUAGAGAAUAUUAAGUUUAAAUUAUUUUGUUAUCCAAUCUUUAAAUGUUACCUAAAAUUUGAAUAUUUAGCAUUAUUUAAGCAAACUGUAUGUGCCUAAGUACAACUUUCAAUGCAUUUCCAAAGAAUCAAAAUUUGUUUACAAUUCCCAUAUUUGAUAUUCACAGACAUGAGUGUUGUUGUUAUUGAAAAUUUUCUUAAAAAAUAGAAUUUAAAACCAAACUUUACUGCAGUUUUUUCCAACAUAUUUUAAAAAUUUAUUUAACAUAUUCAUAUCACAAUGAUAUCUUGUAUUAUUCAACAAAACUGGUAGAUUAAUAUAUCAGUUUUGAAUAAUGCAUGAUCAUUUCAUGUAAAGACUACAGUAUCUCCAAAUUGUUUUAAUUAAAUUCAGCAGAAUUUGCCAUUUAAAAUCUAAUAAAUACAUUUGGUACUCUUCUAAGCUUAACGUUGUUAUUGUCGUAUUUUAAAUCAACUUAAAAAGAAUAAAAAUAUUAAAUUUAUAAUGCAAACAUUUACACUUUGAUAGUUAUAAAAUAUUCAUUUUGAUUAAAAGAAAUUUUUUUAAAAAUUAAUUUCUAUAUUAUAAACAAUUUAACAAAUCUUAAGAUAUUGAAAAUGAAGAUUAUAUAUAUAUAUAUGCAAUAUAUUAAGUAGUUAGAUUUGGAAAAUUAGAACUUCUAGUAUAAUUAUUUGCAUAAAAUCACUUUUUAAUACAUACUAUUAUAUGUAAAUUUACCAAAUUUUACAGUUUUAAUUGUUUGUACAAAUAUUCUAGUCAUAAUUUAAAGAUGUAAGCUUUUUAGUUUUAGUUUGAAGGCAGCUCUGCACAUUUGGUAUUCCAAGUGCCGAAUAAUUGCCUUUCGCCAAAGUAUUUGCUGAAGCGUUUGUCACGAGACAAGCACGCAUGUACACACAUACAAUUAUCUGCUGCACAUCGGUUCAUUGUGCGAAUUAUGAAUGUUUGGCCAAUAUUUGUUCUCUGAUGCGGCAUGAUACACCAAAUAUUUGUUGUGUGAAGUCACGAGUAACUCAUCCACACUACUUGGUAUUGGCCAGAUGUUUGCUCAGCAUUCGGCAAAUACCAAAUAUGUCGAGCCACCUUAAGACAGCAAAUGUUUAUUCUUUGUCACAAAAUUAUUGAGAUGUUAAGUAUGCACGUCCCACGUCUCGUCAGAGAGAAAAAGAUGCCGUCACACAAUACUUCUAAAUUAUGCAGAGACAAAGUGCCUUCUCUUUUUUGAAAUAUUUUGUUUUAUAAUAAUAAUACUUCUGUAACACAGAUGUUUUUAUAUGUACUACUGCAAUAUUAACUGUGGUACCGUAUGAUAAUAGAUAGUUAUUAGAAGUGAUUUUCAAUUCUGUUAGCUUUAUGCGUAGCAAAUAAAUGAUGUAAAAGGCACUGUUUUGUAUACACUCGCAUCGUAUCGAACCACUUGUUAUGUUUAAUGAUGAUUUUGAAAAUUAGAGGUUGGCACACUAUCAGUUUAAUGCAACAUUAGUAUUUGAGCAAAUGGGAAUUUUAAAGAGAAUAAUAUUAGUGACAAUGAAAAUGAGGUGAUAAAUGAUAGUCUGGUCUGUAUGCUGAAAAAUAAUUUUUUUUUUCAUACAAAACAAAGUGAUCGCAAGCUUAAUCUCAGUUUUGUGUUUCAAGAAGUGGAUUAGACAAUCUUUUUAUUGAUUCCCUUCGAUAAAAUUCUUUACUUCCUACAAAAAUAAAUUUUGUGAAUAAUAGAAUGUUAAAACUUCAUAUAAUAUGUCUUAUUUUAAAAUGCUAUGUUGUUUAAAUGAGAAUAGUCAUUAAAUUUAUGCUCUUAAUGAAGCAAAAAAUUAUGAUUUAUUAUAAUUGUAAGUUGUGUAUUUUAUAUACUGUAACUAAUAAGGUGACGUACCAAAUGGCAUUUUAGAGAAGAGCAAGGUUGCAUAAUUCUGCAAUCGGCUAGAUCCUCAAUAAACUGUAAUUUUUGAUUUGUGCCUUAGUUGUAAUGUCAUCGAACUGCCACUUAAA